AUGGCCAAGCUCUGGUUCAAAUUCCAGCGGUACUUCCGCAGGAAGCCUGUGCGUUUCUUUACCUUCCUGGUGCUCUACCUGACGGCUGGGAGCCUUGUGUUCCUUCACUCUGGUUUUGUGGGUCAGCCUGCCGUCUCCCAGAACCAGGCCAACCCCGCUGUGGGGGUCCCAGUGGAGGGCGCUGAGCUGACCUUCCUGGGUGACUUAAAUCUGGGCAGAGGUUUCCGGGACACAGGUGAAGUCUCAAGCAUCGCCCGCAGGUACGGACCCUGGCUCAAGGGCAAGGACGGGAAUGAGAGAGCCAAGCUAGGGGACUACGGGGGAGCCUGGAGCCGGGCCCUCAAGGGGAGGGUCGUCCGGGAGAAGGAGGAGGAGCGAGAAGCACAGAGAGCUAAGUACCUCGGCUGCUACCUGGAUGACACCCAGAGCCGGGCCCUUCGAGGCGUGUCCUUUUUCGACUACAAAAAGAUGACUGUCUUCCGUUGCCAGGACAACUGUGCAGAACGGGGUUACCUGUAUGCUGGGCUGGAGUUCGGCGCCGAGUGCUACUGUGGCCACAAGAUCCAGGCGGCGAACGUGAGCGAGGCGGAGUGUGACAUGGACUGCAAGGGCGAGCGGGGCAGCGUGUGCGGGGGAGCCAACCGCCUGUCCGUCUACCGGCUGCAGCUGGCCCAAGAGUCAGCCCGCAGGUAUGGAAGUGCAGUCUUCCGAGGCUGCUUCCGCAGGCCCAACAACCUCUCCCUGGCCUUGCCCGUGACGGCCGCCAUGCCCAACAUGUCCGUGGAUAAGUGUGUGGACUUCUGCACGGAGAAGGAGUACCCACUGGCAGCCCUUGCAGGUACUGCCUGCCACUGUGGCUUUCCCACCACACGGUUCCCCCUGCACGAGAGAGAGGACGAGCAGCUCUGUGCCCAGAAGUGCAGUGCGGAGGAGUUCGAGAGCUGCGGGACCCCCAGUUACUUCAUCGUGUACCAGACGCAGGUCCAAGACAACCGCUGCAUGGACAGACGGUUCCUCCCAGCCAAGUCCAAGCAGCUCAUUGCUCUGGCCAGCUUCCCGGGAGCUGGCAACACGUGGGCUCGCCACCUGAUCGAGCUGGCCACAGGCUUCUACACUGGCAGCUACUACUUCGAUGGUUCUCUGUACAACAAAGGGUUCAAAGGUGAGCGGGACCACUGGCGCAGUGGGAGGACCAUCUGCAUCAAGACACAUGAGAGUGGCCAGAAGGAGAUCGAGGCCUUCGACGCAGCCAUCCUGCUCAUCCGCAACCCCUACAAGGCCCUCAUGGCAGAGUUCAACCGCAAGUACGGCGGACACAUUGGCUUUGCUGCCCACGCCCACUGGAAGGGCAAAGAGUGGCCGGAGUUCGUGAGGAACUACGCCCCUUGGUGGGCCACUCACACGCUGGACUGGCUCAAGUUCGGCAAGAAGGUGCUGGUGGUGCACUUUGAGGACCUGAAGCGCGACCUCUUCGUCCAGCUGGGCCGCAUGGUGGGCCUGCUGGGUGUGGCCGUCAGGGAGGACCGGCUGCUGUGCGUGGAGAGCCAGAAAGACGGCAACUUCAAGCGCUCCGGGCUCCGCAAGCUGGAGUACGACCCCUACACGGCGGACAUGCAGAGGACCAUCUCCGCCUACAUCAAGACGGUGGACGCGGCGCUCCGGGGCAGGAACCUCACGGGCGUGCCCGACGACUACUACCCCAGAUGA